CUGCCUCUCCCUCUCUCCAGUAUGCCACUCUCCUAGCUGAAACCAGCGAGGCAGUCAGGGGAGAAUGCCGGAGGGGACGUCAACAGAGCUGGGGACGCUGCUGUAGAAGAGCCGGAGAGGUGGGCACCGGCGCGGGCAGUAGCAGCCAUGGGCGAAUGGGGAUUCUUGAGCUCCCUUCUGGAUGCAGUGCAGGAACAUUCGCCCAUGGUGGGACGCUUCUGGCUGGUGGUGAUGCUGAUCUUCCGCAUCCUGAUCCUGGCCACGGUGGGCAGUGAUGUCUUUGAUGAUGAGCAGGAAGAGUUUGAGUGCAACACGCGGCAGGUUGGGUGCAAGCAGAUUUGCUAUGACUUGGCCUUUCCCAUUUCCCACUACCGCUUCUGGGUCUUCCACAUUGUGGUACUUUCUGCCCCAGCGGUCCUCUUCGUCAUCUACUCCAUGCACCAGACCACAAAGAUCAACCAGAAGGAAAGGGAAGCAGGAGAGGAGGAAGCCAGCCGGGCAGAGAAAAAGGCUCCUGGACAAUUUGGACUCCAGCCCAGCCAACGCAGCCAAAACAUCAAGACCUUUUACAUCGUCAAUGUUGUAGUGAGGAUCUUGGCUGAGAUGGGCUUUCUGGUCGGACAGUGGAUGUUGUACGGCUUCCAGGUGGGAUAUCAGUACAUUUGCAAGCAUCACUUGUGCCCUCACGACAUUGAUUGCUUUGUUUCUCGGCCAACUGAGAAAACCAUCUUCAUCCAGUUCUACUUCAUGGUGGGUCUGGUUUCAGCUUUGCUGAGCUUGGUGGAGCUGGCUCACCUUUUAUUCAAGAACCGGUGCGGGAGAUGUUGCAUCAUCGGCCCUCCCACCACUGCAUCUUACGAACAGCAGGACAACUGGUCCAAUCAGAAGCAAGAGAAAUCACAGCACUUUCUGGCCCCAAAAGAGGGGGGAGCCAAUGGGACACCUUCUCAUGGUGGAAUUCCCAACCAUUAUGAGCCCAAGGCCCACUUCCAUCACAAAAGCUCCACCAAGAGCAGCCGAUCUUCUCGCUCUUCUGCCAGAGCUGACUUGACAGUGUGAUGUCAGGAUGCUUUCACUCCACUGCCUGCCUGGCUGUUCCCUGGAUGAGCUGGAUUCCUCCAGGGCUGGAAUAAUCAUGGGCAUGAACGUUGCCUGUUUUCAGCCUGGCAGAAACUAAUAACACAGAUUUGAUAUGUGAUAGUCCAUUCUCGCUUGUAAUGGGACCUGCUCCCAUUCUCAAGGAUUCAUGCUUUGCUUUUAUGUAUGUUUUAAGGUGGUGGUAGGGAGAGUGACAUACCUUAUUAACAGUGCUCUUCAAAGGAUGCAUAGACUUGAAACCUCUGAUAAGCUGUAAGCUGUAAGCAUCAAAUGGAGUGAAAGUGGGGAGAUUAAUGCACACUACUCUGUAGAUGAGCAGUUCCCACAUGAAUUAUCAAAAGCUUUGGCAUUCACCUGGCUACACAGAAACAUAAUGCCAGAUGAAAAUGGGGAUGCUGUUGUUGAACACUUUUCUUGUGCUAGUAGUACCGAUGAGAUUUGCAGAGAGCAAAGAAAGAUUGCAAUAAAAGGAAAGCCUUUUACUUCUUAAGGUGAUGCACUCUUUUGCUGCCAGACAUUCUGAAAGUGAAAAAAUCAGUUCCAGUUAGUUAAAAAGUAUUAGACAAAUUCCAGGUAAAUCAAUUUGGGUGGGAUGCAGCUUUUGAGGCCAGAAGGGUCUGUAAAUCUG